CUUGCGACUCUUGUGUAUGACGGUUGUGUGUCGUUUCUACUACGGUUACGAGUCGCGUGUUACUUAUUGCACGGAUUUGCGCGCGUAUUUGUGUUGAUCUUGUGGCUUAAGUGAAGUGAGUGUUGUGUCCUGUUUUUUUGUGUGCUUCAGACGAUGACCGCGUGUGUUUGACGUGGGGAUGUAUCCUAGCGCGGGCGCAAUGAACGCCGCCGCAGCCGCCGCUGCCGUGGCGGCCGCUAGGCAUCCGGGUCCACCGCAACCCGGGCAACCUAUCAAAUUCACUGUAGGUGAAUCUUGUGACCGAAUUAAAGAGGAGUUCAACUUUCUUCAAGCUCAAUAUCACAAUUUAAAAUUAGAAUGCGAGAAACUGGCUAGUGAAAAAAUUGAAAUACAAAGGCAUUACGUUAUGUACUAUGAAAUGUCGUAUGGACUCAAUGUGGAAAUGCACAAACAGACGGAGAUCGCGAAGAGGUUAAAUGCUAUAAUUGCGCAAAUAUUGCCUUUUCUCUCACAAGAGCACCAACAGCAAGUAGCGUCGGCGGUGGAGCGGGCGAAGCAGGUCACCAUGACUGAACUCAAUGCUAUCAUUGGGCAACAAAGGCCAGACUUGCCGCGACUCCUGCAGCAGAUGCAUGCAGCACAUCUGCCAGCCCACGGCGCGCCACCUCUACCUCUACUAGGGCAAGGUGCCCUACCCCCUGCGGGCCUUUUAGGCCUUGGCGUACCUCAUCACCCCCUAUCCGUAUUAGCCAAACCACCAGAUAUACACCGACCAGACGAUAAAGGCAACGGUAUCAGUUCAGCAGAGGAACGGCAUAGAAAUUCAAUAUCUCCCGGUGAAAGAGAAAAGUACAGAACAAGAAGUCCAGCAGAACCAGAUCACAAGAAACUUAAAAAGGAGGAAAAAGAUAUGGGCCAUGAACUGGUAGUAGACGACGCAAGUGAAGAGCCGACGUCUCCUCACAACGGUGCACCUUCUCCACGAGAAAAUGGACUGGACAAAUUACAACCUAAGAAAGAACACCCACCGCACAGUCCCAGAUCAGGAACGUCGAGUAACGCAUCAACACCCUCAGCAAAGAAAUUGGACGAGAAGCCAAGUACACCUAUAUCUAAGCCAGUAACGCCAACGUCAGGUGCUAGCGGGGUGGGGUCCGCAGGAGCGCCACUAAAGGCCGCAGUGAAGCCUCCGGCGCUACAGUACCCUUACCUCGGCAACGGUGCACACGACGCGUACGGUCUCGCAGGGUACUCCGCGAGAGCUGCGCUAGCGUAUGAGCCGCUGCGUCCGCCCAUCGGACCGGCUGCGCUCGCACCGAUACCCGGUGGCAAACCAGCGUACUCAUUCCACGUGUCCGCGGAGGGGCAGAUGCAACCAGUGCCAUUCCCACCGGACGCGCUGAUGGGCCCCGGCAUCCCGCGUCACGCGCGCCAAGUGUCUGCGCUUGCGCACGGCGAGGUGGUCUGCGCCGUCACCGUCUCGUCGCCCACCAAGUACGUCUACACCGGCGGCAAGGGCUGCGUCAAGGUGUGGGACAUCAGCCAGCCCAGCAAGGCGCCCGUCAGCCAGCUGGAUUGCUUGCAAAGAGACAACUACAUAAGAUCAGUGAAGCUGCUGCCGGACGGGCGCACGCUGAUCGUGGGCGGCGAGGCGUCCAACCUGUCCAUCUGGGACCUGGCGUCGCCCACGCCGCGCAUCAAGGCCGAGCUCACGUCGUCCGCGCCCGCGUGCUACGCGCUCGCCAUCAGCCCCGACUCCAAGGUGUGCUUCAGCUGUUGCUCAGACGGCAACAUCGCGGUUUGGGACCUUCACAACCAGACGUUGGUACGACAGUUCCAAGGACACACAGACGGUGCUUCCUGCAUCGACAUCUCCGCCGACGGAACCAAGCUCUGGACCGGCGGCCUCGACAACACUGUUAGAUCCUGGGACUUAAGAGAAGGAAGACAAUUACAGCAACACGACUUUAGCUCACAGAUAUUCUCAUUAGGAUACUGUCCCACGGGUGAAUGGCUGGCGGUGGGCAUGGAGAACAGCAACGUGGAGGUGCUGCACGCGGUAAAGCCCGACAAGUACCAGCUGCACCUGCACGAGUCGUGCGUGCUGUCGCUGCGGUUCGCGUCGUGCGGGAAGUGGUUCGUGUCCACCGGCAAGGACAACCUGCUCAACGCCUGGCGCACGCCCUAUGGCGCUAGUAUAUUCCAAUCGAAAGAAUCAUCAUCGGUGCUCAGUUGCGACAUCUCAUCGGACGACAAAUACAUAGUGACAGGCUCGGGCGACAAAAAGGCCACAGUGUACGAAGUGAUCUACUAGUGCGACGAACUGACGGACACUCGGACAAGCGAACAAGCGAACAAAACAGAUCAAAGUGACGUGUGACUAGUGAUUGCGGACGUUCUGCGAACGUAGCGUGGCAAGUGGUGAUAUAGCUUUAGUGUAUGUAUAGAAUAUAUGGGAAGCCUGUAUGUACUUAUGCGACUUGUUUAUAUAGAUUAGUGAGCGCGGUUUAUGUUUAUUUGUUGAGCGCCCGUAGUGUAUGUUGGCAGCAGAUCUCAAAAUGAUGAUUUCGUUUCAAUAUUGUUGUAAAAUGCUCAUAUUAAAGAAAAGAUAUGCGCAAAUUAUA